CCUGCUCACGUCUCUCACCGAGCUGCGGACUCUGGUGUCGGAGCUGGGACCGAGAACAGAGAGAGCAGUGCUGGAGUCUGUCAGAGGAGCAGGGAGAAUGUCAAGGAGCAACCAGCCACAGGACCUGGUGCCCAUUAAAGAGCUGGAGCUCACUUUGGAUUCCUGCACUCUGGAGCUCACUGCAGUGGAUGAAGUGUGGCCCAACCUGUACAUAGGAAAUGUGGCGGUGGCACAGAACAGAAAGACGUUACAUAAGCUGGGCAUUACUCAUGUCCUGAACACCGCACACUACAAGCAGGGCAGCAUCGGCGACCAGAGUUUUUACGGGAACACCUGUGUUUACUUUGGGAUCCCGGCUGAGGAUUCAGAGCAGUUUGACCUCAGUCAGCACUUCAGACCUGCAGCUGACUUCAUUCAUAAAGCCCUGAAGAGCAAAGAUGGGAAAGUGCUGGUGCACUGCAUCAUGGGAGUGAGUCGAUCGGCCUCUUUGGUCCUGGUGUACUUGAUGUUGCGGCAGCGUCUCCCUCUGAGAGAUGCUCUGAGGCAAGUCGUCCAAAAAAGAGCCAUUUACCCCAAUCGCAACUUCCUGUCCCUGCUCCUCAAGCUGGACGAUCAGCUGAUGUUCAAACGAAGGUUGUGUCCUCUUCUCUGACGUCUGUCUUUCUCAUAGUAUGAGUCGCCUCAGGGCUCCAUUCCACUCCAUGUCAAUUGGUGCUGGCAGUGUUUGUAAACAAUGAUUUGUUACCACAGUGAGAAUACUGUAGACAGUGGUGUGUGGUGAUAUUGAAAUUCCAUAUUUUUAUUUUCCCUGCUGUUUUCUUCAACUUUUACUUCUGGCUACAGCAGCAAUGAUGAUGAUGUGUUUUUACAUAUUGUAAAUACUGAGGUACAGAUUUGUUUUUCAUUUUCAAACUGUGUUCAAAUGUUUCCUCUCAGUGUUGUCAGUCCACAAAGACACCAAAAUGUCCACAAGCUUUGUAAAUACAUCUUUACGAUUGUUGUCAAUGUCCAUUAAAGACAUUUUCCGAUAUUUCAUUUGGUUUCUAUGGUGAUAAAAUGACUAACAAAGAACUUCCUUACAUCUGUUUUAUUCUUUGCACGUUACACUUUUUCAACAAAGGUUUCCUUGAUAACGCCCCUUGUUAUUCCUCCUUGAUUUCGUAAAACAAUUUGUUUUUCAUUUCAGUCAAAUCAUUUUGGAUGAACAAGAACAAGUUUGCUGAUGGAAAACUCUUUCCCCUGUUUUCAUGUAAUCAGCUGUCGCCUUAUAAACCUGACAAAAAUAAGCAGUAGAUUGAUAUUGUACGGUUACAAGUUUUCAAAAGAGAGACCAUUUUUGACAAGGUGAAUAACAUGAUCUUUCUAAAAGGAUUUGAGUUUGGACUCAAUGUUCGUCUCUCAUCAUUCACUGAAACAGACAUUUCCACAGACAAUCCUUGUGCAAAGUUGUCAGUUGUUUUUUAAGCGUGCAUGGUGUCAUUUUACAAGGAAAGCCGCCUCUUAUUGGUUGCAUGGCUCUUCUGUACGUCCUAACUCCUGCAGCUUAUGUUCAGUAUCUUACUGAGGCUCUUAUAUUCUUCCCUUUAUAGUUGCCUCAGGCAUUUCCAUUACCACAUGGAUCAAUGUUGUAAAGACAAAACUGAGGAAGCUGUGGUGUUCACAAGUGUUCAUGCAGUUUGCAUUGAUUUGCAAUCACAGGUGUAAUUACUUUGUUUGGCCUGUUGUUGUAACCUGUUUGAUUUUAAAUUCUUCACAAAAUCAAAUAACAAAUAAUACAAUUAUUGUAAAAUGCUACAAUUCUCCUUGAUUUCUUACACAAUAAUUCAUGGAUCUUGAUGAAAAAAAAUCUGGCAAUGUUUAGGAAACUGAUAUUUGUAAGUGUGUGCAGAUCAAAAUAAAAAAUCUGGAUCUAGUGA